CCCGGGGGCUGCGGGCUCUCCCGGGCCGCAGCCAGGCCGCCUCAGCUGCUGCCAGGCCUGUGCCUGUGCGCCAGCCAGGCCCUCGGCCCCGCUCCCGGCGGCCUGAGCCCUCGCUCCCUCCCGUUCUUCAGGGCUGGGGCUGCGUCGCCGCUGGUCCCUGCCCGUGGCACGGGUUUGGUGCGGAGGUGGACAACUGAUGGAACAUUCCACUGGGACGAAUAAAACUGUUCUUACAAGAUAGUUUGCACAGAUUACACUGAGACCCACACGGAGAAAUCUCUCAACCAAGAGUGACUGGGAACACUUGGACUCCUGAAUGACUGCUUGAGGCCUUGGAGGAAAAGCAUUAAGACUUUACAUUUCACAGUCAGUUCUGUUAAGCAACUAUGGAAAUAGAAAAGGAGCACAUUUAUAUCACCCCAACAGAACUUGAGAAUCUAAAUGAUGCUCCAUUUUCUGGUGAUGAAGAAAAUGGUGGAUCUGAGGAACGAAAAACUGAAAUCAAUGGAAAUUGGAUUCCUGCAACUUCGAUUACUGAAGCCAAAAUAAAUGCUAAAGCGAAGAGACGGUUGAGGAAAAACUCUUCUAGAGAUUCUGGGAGAGGAGACUCUGUUAGUGAGAAUGGAGAGACACUGAAGAUUGGAGUUGUACCAACGAGCCCAAAGGGGAAACUCCUGGACAGGCGAUCCCGGUCUGGAAAGGGCAGAGGUCUACCAAAGAAAGGUGGAGCAGGUGGUAAAGGAGUCUGGGGGACACCAGGUCAAGUGUACGAUGUGGAAGAAGUAGAUAUUAAGGAUCCUAAUUAUGAUGAUGACCAGGAGAACUGUGUCUAUGAAACAGUAGUUUUACCUCUGGAUGAAAGAGCAUUUGAAAAAACUUUAACACCGAUCAUACAGGAGUAUUUUGAACAUGGAGAUACUAACGAAGUUUCGGAGAUGCUGAAGAAUUUAAACCUCGGUGAAAUGAAAUACAGUGUGCCAGUGCUGGCUGUUUCCUUGGCCUUAGAGGGGAAGGCCAGUCACAGGGAAAUGACGUCUAAGCUUAUCUCCGACCUCUGUGGGACAGUAGUAAGCAAAACUGAUGUGGAAAAAUCAUUUGAUAGACUGCUUAAAGAACUACCUGAAUUGGUGUUGGAUUCUCCCAGGGCACCACAGUUGGUGGGCCAGUUUAUUGCUAGAGCUGUUGGAGAUGGGAUUCUAAGCAACACCUAUAUAGAUGGCUACAAAGGCACUGUGGAUUGUGUCCAAGCUCGAGCGGCGCUGGACCGAGCGACUGUGCUGCUGAGCAUGAGCAAGGGUGGGAAGCGCAUUGACAGCGUGUGGGGGUCAGGAGGGGGCCAACAGUCUGUGAAACACCUGGUUAAAGAGAUUGAUAUGUUGCUGAAAGAGUAUUUGCUUUCCGGAGAUGUACUGGAAGCUGAGCGUUGCCUUCAGGAACUGGAAGUACCCCAUUUUCACCAUGAACUUGUAUAUGAAGCCAUUGUGCUGGUUUUGGAGUCAACUGGAGAAAAGACCUUUCAAAUGAUACUGGAUUUGUUGAAGACUCUCUGGAAGUCGUCUGUCAUUACUGUGGACCAAAUGAAAAGAGGCUAUGAACGAGUUUACUGUGAAAUCCCAGACAUUAACCUGGAUGUGCCACACUCCUAUUCCGUGCUUGAGCGGUUUGUAGAGGAAUGCUUUCAGGCUGGAAUAAUCUCCAAACCACUGAGAGACCUCUGCCCUUCAAGGGGCAGAAAGCGUUUCGUGAGCGAAGGAGACGGAGGUCGUCUUAAGCUGGAAAGCUACUGAAUGUGAGAACUGACUCCUGAAGCCUUACAAGUUUAAAGGGAACAUAGCUAGCUAUCUAUAUAUACAAACACGCAUGCUUCUUCGUGUGUGUAUGUAUAUAUGUAUACACAUAUAUAAUAUACCAAAUCUGAGAGUUGCUUAGCACAGUUCGUAUUUUUUUAAAAGCACAUGUUUUGGGUACAAAUUGUUUUUUUUUUGGUUUUGUUUUGUUUUGUUGUUUUG